AUGUCUCAACCAGUCUAUCAAGUAAUAAUAGCCGCUGAUGAGGACAAAUCCUCAGCCUCAAAGAGACGUGCUGUCUACCUCCGGCCGUUCCUCCUUUUCUGGCUCAACUCCCUUAUCUUCGAAGUCGCAAUGCUCAUCGUCAGUAUAAUUGCAUUCUCAGGAUGGCGCGAAAUGUUCUCCAAGUUCUUGUGGACCAUCGUCUUCUGCCCUCUGGGAAUGGGAGGCGCUAUGGGAGGCCUCAUCAACGCCUUCAUAGUCGAUCGUAUCUACGGUAUGCGAGCAGUCCACUUCGUUGCCAUUCUGAGCGUCUUGGUUUUGGGGGCGUGCAACAGCCUAUGCUAUAACUUGGAUCUCGUUUUCGGAUGGUUCGGUGCCCGGGACCAUUUCUGGUGGUGGCACUGGCGGUAUCUGGGGGGUUGGUUUGUUGGAUAUUUCAAUGGCAAAAUGAUGUUCACGGACGAAGGGCAAAAGUCACUUGCUGGUUGCGGUGCUUGA